ACUCUUUUCAACUCUCUCUCUCUCUCAUAAACUCCCUUUGCAUUUCUACCCUCAUCAUCUCUCCAUCUCCUUUUUAGAAAAAGCCCCUCCUUCCUUAUCUAAUACAUAACAAACCUACUCCCUGUUCAUUGUCUCUCAUAUCCUCAACAUCCCAAAACCUUACUACCUUCAUCUUCAAAUCCAAUUCUACAUUCAACAAUGAACAAGCUCCUCCUCUCUCCCGAUUACAUGAACGAUUACACUGUUCCCUACACUACCAAGUUAGAGCUCACAGAUCAAUCUAGUCUGGUUUAUCCUGCUUCUUCCUUCUAUGUCUCUCCCUUGGAUGGAGCAUCUUCGCCCUGCCCUUCGUCGGUCAAUGCUUUUUACGAUCACUCGAUGACCCCAUUUGCCAUCCAGCCCGGUAGUCCCGACUCGUUCAUGUCCGGCAUGUCCCUCUCAAUGACCCCUCCCCCUGCCCUCUCUUCCUCGGUCAGUUCCUCUGACUUUGCCUCUUACGCCCAGGAAGCCCCCAUGAUGGUCCAGUCAUCUUCUUCAUCCACCAUGGCAUCUUCUUCAUCCUCAACAACCUCAUCAUCAUCAGCUUAUCUUAACGAGACAAUUGCCAAGGCCUCGUCUCUUCCCGAUUCCUUCUUCCCCGAGUUUCUUCAGUAUUCCAAGGAGUCGUACGAGCAAUCGACCGGAGGCUCGCUCCGAAAGAAGCGCCGCCAGCAAGACCGUCUCUUGGAUGACGAAGAUAAGUGCGAUGAACUUGACGCGCCUCCCCCCAAGCAGCACAUUCAGAUGACCUCUGAAGACGACAGUGGAGAUGAAAUGACUUUACACGGUGUUUCAACCGCAGAAAUGCGACGACAGAUUCACAUUCAAUCUGAGCAGAAACGUCGUGCUCAGAUCAAAGAUGGCUUUGAAGACCUCCGCAAUGAAUUGCCUUCUUGCUUGAACAAGAAGAUGAGCAAAGUAGCUCUCUUGCAUCGCACUGUUCAACACAUUCAACAUCUCAAGAGUACCCAGAUGACAAUCUUGGCCGAACUCGAGAGAUUGGUCCACGAGAAUGAACAGCUACGAACAUUCCAGCAAGGUGUACUACAGAAGCAAGCCAUGGAGAGUAUCUACUCUGUCAACAGCCUCUAAAUGAACGAAUCGACUAUAGACGUCGCAUCUUCUUUAUCUUUUUUCUUUAUAUCUUUUUUCUUUUCUUUUCAUUCCCUACGCACUUCUUUACCUUUUCUUAUUUAUCUUUUCACUCGCAUUUUCCUCUCUCUUAUUUUAUUUUUAUAUAUUUUAAGCUACUGGUUUCAAUAUCCACGUAAUUUAACUUUUUAUUUUUAUUACAUAACCUCUUUAUUUCUUGGAUUUUUUUUUCUCUUUUAAUCUUUACUCUUUUAAAGUAAACUUCAAUGUUUUUAUAUAGACACUUAAUGCAUUUUCCACCCUUCCUCCCCUCAAACAAACCAUCACCACAACUUCUUCUUAUCUUUUUUUUUUAUAUACCCUCUUCGCCCUCACUUUUACCUCACCUUAUCUCUUCUACUUCUCUUUCUCUGUAUUCCUCUAUAUUUAUAUUUCUUUUUUAAUUUUUGGAACAGAGAUUUGAGAUUGGCAAUAGACUGAAUGCCCCCCUUUUUUUUAUUUUAUUUUCUUUCCCUUCCAUAUGCUCUUCUGUUCAUUUACCCAUGAACAUAAUAAAUAUAAAAUAAUAAACUAAAAAAAAAUACUUAUUUU